CCGGUCUCUUCCCGACUCUGUGGUCUCCGGGGAAGGCGCUUGCAAGGGGGUCUCCUCGGGAGUUUCCGGCAUCAGGACCUGCAAGGAGAAGUGCUCUCUGAGAUUGCCAGUUCCCCUUUCUGAAUUGGGAGUGUGUCUCUUCAUCUGCUGGUGUUCUUUCAGGAGUUGACUUCGUAUUUCCUCAGUGGAAAAUGGGAUCUUCUGCAUCCAGGCUAGAGGGUUCCACACGCUGAUGUCCUACUUGAGAUUUCUGGGAACAAGAAGGUCUCUCCAGGUAACUGGAACCAGAAUUCUAUGUGGCCAGUUCUUCUGUCACCAGAAAAUAACCAUAUGGGAAGAAGGAAAAAGAAGGAAGGAGAUACUGAAAAGGUGAAAAAAGGCAGAAGGGAAGAGAUAAAACAAGAGGGAAACGAAAAUUUCUAGCUUCUCCUGAGUCUGAGGCUUAACAUCUCCUGACUGUAAGAAACAGCCAUGAAGAAAGAGGAAGGAGAAAGUGUCCCAUAUGCAGAAAAACAUUCAAGUGUACCUGAAAUAUCAAUAGACAUGGGAGAGUUCACCAAGGACAUAAAAACAAUUCAAUGCAUAGAACAUGGAAAGAGCAUAACUAAAAACAAUGAAUGUAUUUUAUAUGAAAAAACCAUGAGGGGAGAGAAAGAAUAUAAAUACAUGCAGUGUGGAAUGAGCUCCAGCCACAGGAAUCACUUAAGUUCACAUCAAAGAACUGAUAGAGGAGAGAAGCCAUAUAAAUGCAUGGAAUGUGGAAAGAGCUUCAGUCAGAGUGUUCACCUAAGAGCACAUCAACGAACCCACACAGGGGAGAAACCAUAUGAAUGCAUGGAAUGUGGAAAGAGCUUCCGUUGCAGCAGUAGCCUUAAUUCACAUCAAAAAACUCACACAGGGGAGAGACCACAUAAAUGCAUGGAAUGGGGAAAGAGAUUUAUUCGCAAUAGUGCUCUCAGUUCACAUAAAAAAACCCACACAGGGGAGAAACCAUAUAAAUGCAUGGAAUGUGGGAAGAGCUUCAGUCACAGUGCUAACUUUAAUUCACAUCAAAAAACUCACACAGGGGAGAGACCACAUAAAUGCAUGGAAUGUGGAAAGAGCUUCAGUCAGAGUUCUAAUCUUAAGUCACAUCAAAAAAUUCACACAGGGGAGAAACCAUAUAAAUGCAUGGAAUGUGGAAAGAGCUUCCGUUGCAGCAGUAGCCUUAAUUCACAUCAAAAAACUCACACAGGGGAGAAACCACAUAAAUGCAUGGAAUGUGGAAAGAGCUUCAGUAAGAGUGGUCACCUAAGUUCACAUCAAAGAACACACACAGGGGAGAAACCGUAUAAAUGCAUGGAAUGUGGAAAGAGCUUCAGUCACAGCAGUGCCCUCCGUUCACAUCAAAGAACGCACACAGGGGAAAAACCAUAUGAAUGCAUGGAAUGUGGAAAGAGCUUCAGUCACAGCAGUGCCCUCCGUUCACAUCAAAGAACGCACACAGGGGAAAAACCAUAUGAAUGCAUGGAAUGUGGAAAGAGCUUCAAUCAGAGUGGUCACCUAAAGUCACAUCAAAAAAUCCACACAGGGGAGAAACCAUAUAAAUGCCUUGAAUGUGGAAAGAGCUUUAUUCGCAAUAGUGCCCUCAGUUCACAUAAAAAAACUCACACAGGGGAGAAACCAUAUAAAUGCAUGGAAUGUGGAAAAAGUUUCAGUCACAGUGCUAACCUUAAUUCACAUCAGAAAACUCACACAGGGGAGAAACUACAUAAAUGCAUGGUAUGUGGAAAGAGCUUCAGUCAGAGUGGUCACCUUCAUUUAUAUGAAAUACCUCUCUGGAGAGAAACCAUAUGUCCUUCAUUAACAGAAAUCACAUUUUCACAUGAGAGAAGAGACCAGGGGCUAAGAAUCAUAAGCUGCUUCGAAUGUGCAUCAAUACUUUGGGGGGAUAUCUAGCUGGCAUUUGUUCCUGGACCUACCAUUCACUACCUAGCUAGAAGGUCCCCAAGAGGAAUCUGAAGACAUCUUUCAAGAAAGGAGGACAGUGAGCAGCAGUGGCAGAGUUAUGAGACUCAUCAUUAUGGAGAUGCUCUAACCCAGUUGUCUAGCCAUCACUUCUCGUCCAUUUGUCAAAGUCACACAGAUCUUGUGGCUUGCCCAUCUUUCCUGCUUCCAACACAUGAAAUUCAGGGACAGUGUCCACUUGCUGCUUAAUCCCAUCCCUUGACAGGUGUUAUUAUAACAACACAAUCAAUUCUUCAAAUAAUACUAUAUAAUCAAACUUCAUCCGUCAAUGGAUUUUAUGAUGUGGCAGCUCAGUGUACAUGUGAGGUGCACAUUUAUUUUGAAGUUUUAUAUGGUUUUAAUUAAUGGAUUUUUCAUUAUCCUUCUAGCCUUUUAAUUUGCAGUUUUUGUGGUUUUUAAUAUAACUCCUUUUAACAUUUUGAGCCACCUUGUUCUCUUGAGUGCAGUAGAAAGUAUUCUACCAAGAGACGGAGCAAAUGGAGUCACAGAGAGGUAAAUGUGAGAAGAGACAUCUGAAGUACUGAUGUGCGUCUAUUAAGUUUCCACGUGUGUUGUUGUUUCAUGCUGUUAUGUCAUUUCAGCCUUAUUUCAACCUUAACAGGCCUUUGGAGUAAGAGAUCCAAUGGGUUUCCUAGGGUGAGUGGGGAUUUGACUCCAGCAUGGUGGAAAAAAGGGAGGGAUUGCUGAAAUGUUUACUUGGAACAAUGGAGAGGGGGAGUCAGAAAUGCAAUGAUUAAGGAAUUGGUGGGGAGGAAAAAUGACUUUAAGAUGCAUUAAAACUGAAAAUACGAUUGAAAAAGUUCCCACUUUCUG